AUGCAUGAAUUGCUUUCAAAAUUAGAUGAGUUAAAAAUCACUUUAAAAAAUGAACAAAAGAAAUGUGUAAGCGAUAACACUGUUAACGACAUUAAUUUAAAUACAUCUCAAAACACAGUAAAUUCAGAUGUCAAUAGCUUAAAACUUCCGCGUGUAGAGUUACCAGUGUUUACUUCUAAUUAUCUUGAUUGGAUUUCAUUUCGUGAUUUAUUUUUAGCAAGUGUAGGAAACAAUCAAUCAUUAAGUAACUGUCAAAAAUUACAGUAUCUUAAACUUUCUGUUAAGGGUGAAGCAGCUACCUUGUUACAAUCGAUUCAAAUUUCAAACGAAAAUUAUGAAAGGGCGUGGAAGGCGCUUACUGAUCGUUAUGAAAACGAAUCAGAAAUCAUAAAUGCAGCUUUAAACAAAUUAAUUUCUCAACCUAUAUUAAAACAGGAAUCAGCCUCAGGGUUACGGAAAUUAAUUGACACUACAUCACAAUGCAUAGAUACAUUAAAAAUCCUAAAACAGCCUGUCGAGCAUUGGGAUACAAUUAUUAUUUUCCUAUUAAAAGGAAAACUAGAUUCAGAAACACUUCGCGUUUGGACGCUAGAACAUGCGAAAAAAAUUCCUUCAUUCGAUGAGUUCAAAUCUUUCACACUAAGCAGAGCAGAUGCUUUAGCGUCUUUAGCGUUAAGGGAGGCCAGAAAGGAGAAAUUCAAUGUAAACUAUGAGAGCGGGGGAUCCUUUCGAAGUCAGAAAACCCAUAAAUCAGUUCAUUCAGCUCAAGUGGUUGCUAACAUAUGCGUUUUCUGUAAAAGUGAGUCUCAUUUCGGAUUAUUUAAGUGCAAUACUUUUUUGGAGCUGCCCUUGAAGGAAAAAUGGAACGUAGUGAAAAGAAAUAACUUAUGCGCUAAUUGUCUGAAAUCAAAUAAAACUCAUCGAAUUGAAAAAUGUCGAGCGGGAAAUUGCAAAAAUUGUUCUCAGCCACAUAACACAUUAUUGUGCGCAAAAAACACAAAUGAAACAAAAUCUCAAUCACAAACAGAAAAUGAAAUGCUUUCAACUAUUAGUAGCAAUAGCACAGUUGUUCCAAACACACAAUGUGUGCUAUUGCCUACUGCAGUUGUUUAUGUCAAAGACAUCAAUGGCAUUUCACACACUUUCAGGCUGCUGAUCGAUUCUGCUAGUCAAGGCACAUUUAUCCGGGAAAGUUGUGUAAAUUUUCUGGGAUUAAAACGCAAUCGAAUAAACAUAAGCGUAGAUGGCUUGAGUUCACAGAAAGUGGGCAAAGUUACAGGUUCAGUUCAAAUACAAAUCACAUCACUAUUUUACAAAAAUGCUACUGUCACAGCAGAAGCAUUCAUUAUACCUAAAAUAACUUGUGACCUUCCCCAAUAUCAAGUGGAUGCAUCCGUCUUAAGUAAUUUCAAACACUUACAACUGGCAGACAAAAAUUGCCAUCAACCGGGCCCUAUAGACAUACUGCUGGGUGCAGAUGUAUUUAAUGAAAUAAUGCUUAGCGGACAGACAAAAGUCCCAGGACAAUCAUUAGUCGCUCUAGAAUCCAUUUUCGGAUGGGUGAUUCUAGGAAAAACUGAAAGCAAGUCAAAUUCCAAAUCACAAACUGUAAUUUCCAAUCAUGCAAGUUUCGAGUAUAAUGCCAUUGAGUAUGAGCUAGACAAGUUCUGGAAAUUGGAAGAAAUUUCAGAAACAAAUCCUUAUACGGAAGAGGAAGCCGCAUGUGAGAACCAUUUUAAACAAACAUUCUCCCGUGAUUCUACUGGCAGAUUUGUGGUGAAACUACCGUUCCGUGAAACAAUCGAUGAACUCGGAUCAUCUCGAGACAUAGCCGUGCAUAGGCUACAACAAAUAGAACGUAGGUUUGUUAAAAAUCAAUCCCUCUCAAAACAUUACCACAAAUUCAUGCAAGAUUAUCAGGACUUAAAACAUAUGGAACUAAUUCCAGACAACGAAAUUGAUGUUCCGGCAACUUCCAGCUUUUAUCUCCCUCACCACGCAGUUCCCAAUAAAACCGGAGAUAAAUUUCGGGUUGUUUUUGAUGGUUCUGCAAAAUCAUCCAGCGGUAUAUCUCUUAAUGACAAUUUAAUGGUGGGACCACUCCUACAAAGUGAUCUCACUACAUUACUUCUUCGCUUUCGAACUUACAAGAUAGCGAUGACUGCAGACAUAGAAAAAAUGUACAGACAAAUUAUCCUACAAGACGCAGACUUUCAGAGAAUAGUCUGGCGCAAUUCAUCGUUGGAGCCAAUUCAAGAUUUUCGUCUAACAAGAACAGCAUACGGCACAGCUUCAGCACCGUACCUUGCUGUUAGAUGUCUACAACAAUUGGCAGUGGAAGAAGCAGAUCAAUUUCCAAUGGCCUCCAAAGCAGCCAUCAUGGACUUCUACGUUGACGAUUUAAUGUCUGGAGCCAAGUCAAUCUCAGAAGCUAUUGAAUUGCAGAAACAAUUGAUGCACAUGCUAUCAAGUGCAGGCUUCAUUCUACGAAAAUGGGCAUCCAACAGUGAAGAGCUCAUAAAUUCGAUUGAUUCAGAUUUACGUUCUUCAAAGACCGCGUUGAACAUAGAUAGUGAUGAGACUGUCAAAACAUUAGGUGUCCUGUGGCAUCCAGCAUCAGACACAUUCCGGUUCAAAGUAAACACCACACCUCUAGAAAGUACUUUGACAAAACGAACACUUCUUUCAACCAUCGCCAGAACAUUUGACCCUCUUGGAUGGUUGUCACCCAUCACAAUCAAAUCUAAAAUCAUGAUGCAAAAAAUGUGGAAAUAUCAAGUGCAAUGGGAUGAAAACGUUCCGCCAGACAUCGCACGCGAAUGGACAGAACUUGCAGAAGACAUGAUGUCUGUAAAAGAUAUCGAAAUUCCAAGAUUUUUGUCGACUGGUGAUAGCAAUGAACUCAAAUUAUUCGGCUUCAGUGAUGCAUCGGAAAAGGCGUACGCAGCAGUUAUUUACUCCUGUUCUAGUGAAGAGAAUGAAAAAACAAAUGUGCAGCUCGUAAUAUCAAAAACCAGAGUAGCUCCACUCAAAACCGUUUCCAUUCCAAGGUUGGAACUUUGCGGUGCUCUAUUACUCACAAAAUUAAUGGAUUUUACCUGCAAAGCAUUGAAUACCAACAUAGCACACACGCAGUUCUAUACAGACUCUAAUAUUGUUCUUUCUUGGUUAGCAUCUCACUCAAGCAAGUGGAAAACCUUUGUAGCCAACAGGGUGGCUAAAAUCCAAAAUCUCUCAUCACCGACCCAGUGGUUCUUCGUAAGUAGUGAAUCAAACCCAGCUGAUCACGCCAGCCGUGGCAUGUCAUCAUCAGCGCUACUGAGUUCAUCAUGGUUUACAGGACCAAGUUUUUUACAUGAACCUAUGCCUCUACAGGUAAGUGCACCAACACCUCCAAUCCCAGAGCCUGUGCCAGAGGAACGUUUGCAUACGAUACAAUCAACAACUGCAAUCAAUAAUACAUCAGAAGUUAAUACUUUGUUUAACCGUUAUUCAUCCCUUUCUACCCUUAAUCGUGUUGUAGCUCUUUGCUUAAGAUUCAUUCACAACUGUAAAAAUUCACGUAAUAAGAUUUCUGGAUUUUUAAAGACAAUAGAAAUUAAUAAUGCUAUGUGUGUUUUAAUUAAACUUGUACAAAAUUCAGAGUUUAUUAAUGAGAUCAAUGCACUUAACAAAAAUCAAACUUUAUCUUGUAGAAGCAAAAUUUUAGCUCUCAAUCCUUAUCUCGAUGCUUCAGGAAUUUUAAGGGUGGGCGGCCGCUUGCGACAUGCAAACGUCGCAUACAGCCAAAAACAUCCCAUCUUACUUCCAAAGAAACAUAUUUUAACUGAUCUCAUUAUUAAACACUAUCAUCUAAAUCUAUUGCAUGCUGGUACACAACUUUUACUAUCAUGUAUUCAAGAACAGUUCUGGAUUAUUGGUGCUAAGGAUAUCAUUAGGCAUUUUAUAAGAAAGUGUGUUAAAUGUUGCAGAAUUCGAGCAACUGUAACCAAUCAAAUGAUGAGUGAUUUGCCACCCACACGCAUUUCUCCUGCUCCUACAUUUUCUCGUUGUGGAGUAGAUUAUGCAGGCCCGUUCCAAAUCAAAGCAGCUAAAGGACGAGGCUCUAAAACAUUCAAGGCAUACAUUGCUCUUUUUGUUUGUUUUAUCACUAGAGCUAUUCACUUAGAGUUAGUUACUGAUCUUUCAGCAGACGCGUUCAUUGCAGCUCUGAAACGUUUUAUUUCUCGCAGAGGGAAAUGCAGUGACAUAUAUAGUGAUUGUGGUUCUAACUUUAUUGGCGCAAAACGUAAACUCAUGGAAUUUGAAAAGCUCGCUAAGACUAAGAGUUACAAUGAAAAUGUUAAUAAUUUUUUAUCUGAAAAGGGUAUUAAUUGGCAUUUAAAUGUUCCAGGAGCUCCACACAUGGGUGGUCUCUGGGAGGCAGGCAUAAAAUCUACAAAAUUUCAUUUAAAACGUGUUGUUGGGGAUAUAAAACUAACCUAUGAAGAAUUUGAAACACUUUUAACCCAAAUUGAAGCUUGUCUUAAUUCUAGACCAUUAAUAGCUUUGUCUAGUGAUCCCAAUGACCUGUCAGCAUUAACGCCUGGUCAUUUCAUUAUUGGUAGACCAUUAGUAAGUAUUCCUGAACCAAGUUAUAUUGACUCCAACAUUUCGCAUUUAACCAGGUGGCAAAUUAUUCAGAAAAUGGUUCAACAAUUCUGGAAACGAUGGCAUAAGGAAUAUUUAUGUAGAUUACAACAGAGGCCAAAUGGUUAUUACCAAAAAAAAAAUCUUCAAAUAAAUGAUCUGUGUCUUUUGAAAGAAGACAAUUUGCCUCCUACUAAAUGGAAAAUGUGCCGAGUGACUCAGUUACACCCUGGCAGUGACAAUAUGGUUAGGGUAGUCACUGUGAAAACAUCAGAUGGUGUAUUCAAGAGAAACAUCACAAAAUUAUGUCUCUUACCUAUUUAA